AUGUGGAUUCUUGAGCAACUUGCGCGUAUCCUCGACCGGCCGCUCUUCCCAUGGAAGAACGUGCUGGUGGGAUUCUCACUCGGCCAGUUUGUCCUUGAAGGCAUUCUUUCAUUCCGGCAGUAUAGGGUUCUUCAGCAAAAGACCCCUCCCAAGGUCCUUGCCAACGAAGUUUCGCAGAAGGUCUACGACCAGAGUCAGGCAUACGGUCGCGCCAAGUCCAAGUUCAGUUUUAUCUCGGGUCUAUAUGGCCAAAUCCAGAAUCUCGCUUUUAUCUACGGUGAUGUGCUCCCAAAGCUGUGGGGAGUCAGUGGCUUUCUCCUAGCUCGGUACCUUCCAAGCCAAUUCCAAGGCGAAAUUUCCCAGACGCUUCUCUUCCUCUUCGGUUUCAACAUCAUCUCAACGGUCCUCUCGCUUCCAAUUUCCUAUUACAACACCUUUGUUUUGGAAGAGAAGUUUGGUUUCAACAAGCAGACUCUUGGCCUCUGGGUUUCGGAUAUGAUCAAGGGCCAGUUCCUGGGAAUCGUGCUCGGAGCCCCGAUCAUCAGUGCUGUCCUCAAGAUCAUCCAAAAAACCGGCAAUGGCUUCUUCUACUACUUGUGGCUCUUUGGUAUCUUCGUCCAGGUCUUCGCCAUCACUAUCUACCCGAUCGUUAUCCUCCCUCUUUUCAACAAGCUGUCUCCUCUAGAACCCGGCGACAUCAAGACUGGUGUUGAGAACUUAUCUAAGAAGCUGGAAUUCCCUCUGUCCGAACUGCAUGUCAUCGAUGGUAGCAAGCGCAGCGCUCACAGCAAUGCUUACUUCUACGGUCUCCCUUGGAAGAAGCACAUUGUCAUCUAUGAUACUCUCUUGGAGAAGAGUGAGCCUCAGGAGGUUGUUGCUGUGCUCAGCCACGAGCUUGGUCACUGGAAAUUGAACCACACUACCAAGCUUUUCGGCAUUGCACAGUUCCACAUGUUCUAUAUCUUCGCCUUAUUCUCGGUCUUCGUCAACAACAAGUCGCUCUAUCAGUCUUUCGGCUUCAUCAAGGAACAGCCUAUCAUGAUUGGAUUCCUCCUUUUUUCCGAUGCUCUGGCCCCUAUGGAUGCCAUUGUUAAGCUCCUUAUGAACAUUCUUAGCCGCAAGUUCGAGUUCGAAGCUGGUAUAUGCUUUUGCUCAAGGUCUGGGAUACUCGCCGAGCUCGCAUCCUCACUUCUGAAGCUGCAGAUCCAGAACCUCAGCACCAUGGAUGCUGACUGGAUGUAUGCUAGCUACCACUUCUCACACCCCAUCCUCACAGAGCGCCUGGGUGCUCUUGGCUGGAAGGGGGGCAAGGUCACGGACCUGAAGGAUGAGGACAGCGCCACACCUGUCAAGGCCGGAGACCGGGAACUUUAG